GUCAAUGCAAGUAAACGGUGACUGACUUGGUGUUGCCGUGUUGAUAACUUAGUUCUUCGACUCCAUACAUAACUUGUCCACAUUCUUAGUCCAAACACACUCCGUUCUUCUACAAACAACAUACCAUUAUCUAACAAUGUCUAAGUCCAAGUUUGAUCCUAAGCAGCCCUCAUUGCCCAUAUCAUAUCCAAUCCAUGAACUCCAGGACCUGGAAUCAGGCUCCUACUAUCAAUCCUUUCACUACCCUUUUAACAAAGCUUCAGUUCCCAUCGAAACUGGCUAUUCUGCACCAUUACCUGAUCGAAGAAGAAUACUUGUGUGCCAUGAUAUGGCUGGAGGGUACUUGGAUGAUAAAUGGGUCCAAGGAGGAACCAAUGCAGAUGCAUAUGCCAUAUGGCAUUGGCAUUUGAUAGAUGUGUUCGUCUACUUCUCUCACAACCUUGUCACACUCCCUCCUCCUUCUUGGACUAAUGCAGCUCAUCGUCAUGGUGUUAAGGUGUUGGGGAGUUUUAUCACUGAGUCAGAGAAGGGAAGUGCUAUCUGUGAAAAACUGCUUUCAACAAAGGAGUCUGCUCGAAUGUAUGCAGAACGCUUGGCAGAGCUGGCUUUUAAGUUAGGCUUUGAUGGGUGGCUGUUGAAUAUGGAGGUAGAAUUGCAACCAAAACAGAUUCCUAAUUUGAAAGAGUUUAUCAGCCAUUUAUCAUUAACAACACAUUCUUCAGUGCCUGGAUCGCUAGUGAUAUGGUAUGACAGUGUCACUAUCGAAGGUGAUCUAUAUUAUCAAAAUGAACUAAAUGAACUUAAUAGACCUUUCUUUGAUCUAUGUGAUGGGCUAUUUGCAAACUAUGAAUGGGAGGAAAACUAUCCAAGUCGAUCUGGUUCUGUUGCUGGUGAUAGAAAGUUUGAUGUGUACAUGGGGAUUGAUGUAUUUGGAAGGGGAACAUAUGGUGGUGGACAGUGGAAUACAAACCGAGCUCUUGAUGUAGUAAGAAAAGGUGAUGUUUCUGCUGCAAUAUUUGCUCCUGGAUGGGUCUACGAGACUAAGCAAGCACCAGAUUUUGAAACUGCACAGAAUCGUUGGUGGAGUCUCGUGGAAAAAUCUUGGGGCAUAGUGCGAAAGUAUCUUAGAACAUUACCCUUCUACACAAAUUUUGAUCAGGGACGCGGUUUUCAUAUUUCAGUUGAUGGAGAUCAAAUAUCAGAGGCUACUUGGUGUAAUAUUUCUUCCCAAGGCAUUCAGCCACUCCUUGAGUUUGCUGAUUCUAGUACAAAUCCUAUUCAACUUCUUGUAGACUUGAAAGAAGCAUCAUAUAGUGGAGGGGGAAACAUUACAUUCAAAGGAUCUCUUGAAAAGGAUACUAAAUUCAUGAGGAGAAUCUAUGAAGGAGAGUUCAUUUUAAGCGAAUCGCUCAUCCACUUCUUUUAUUCUGUGAAAUCUGAUAGCAAUUCUUCUCUGGGAAUCGUGCUCAAGUUCACCUCUACUGUGAACAAAUCAAUGUCUGUGCUACUCACUUCACAAGGAAUAAUGGAUGAUGUGUCAAGUGCAUUUACCAAAGUAGUCACAACAAAUGAACACAAGGGAAAGGCCCCUGGAUGGGUUAUAAAUGAAGGUGCCAUUGAAAUGAAGGGAUACGUUCUGACAGAAAUCCAUGCUUUGUGCUACAGGCCAAAGGUUCCACCCAGAGAAAUGGGACUGAAAUCAAGACCAUUAGGUCCUGAUCAUGCUGCUGUGGCUUCCUCAACUGAUUAUUUUGCUGUUCUUGGUCAUGUCACAGUCAAGACUUCCAACUAUAAGCCAGAUUUUCCAGUUUCUUCCUUAUGGCUAGUUGAUGGUGAAUUCAUCAAUUGGACUUCUCAUCCUCCUCAGGAUUCAAGGAUCCUCAGUGUUAAAAUUUCAUGGAAGCUGAAAGAAGGAAAAAAGUUUGUAUUUCAACACUACAAUGUGUAUGUGCAGAAACUGCCAAAGGUAGCAGAUGGUAAUCAAAGCACAGCAUCAGAACAUGUGCAGGAGUAUCUUGGGGUAGCACAUGUAAACUGUUUCUAUGUUUCUGAGCUCAAAGUUCCUCCUAGCGUUUCUAGUCUCAAAUUUAUCAUACAAGUCUUCGGUUUUGAUGGCACAAAUCAAAAUUUAGCAGAGUCUCCAUUUUAUCAAUUGGAGGUAAAAGGUCCCUAAAUUGUCAUUAAGGAAGUAUACAUCUUGUAUUUCGGACAUGCCAGAAUAAGAGAUAAAAGGUCAACAAAUUGUCAUCAAGGAA